AUGAGAUCCUUUAUAAGUAACUCAUUAGCUUGGCUACAAGCUCAAGCACAAACUCCCUUGAGUUCAUCUAGUUUUCAUGCCACUUCGGAUCGAUGCUCGGUAGACAUUCUCGCGAAACCGAACAUCUUUGGUGCGGAAAUCAUCAACAUUGCUGCUCACGAGGUCAAAAACUACUCAAGUAGAGACCCUUGGACAUUGAAGGUGCUUGAAGCAGAUGGCUUGAACUUCUGCAACACCACGGUCACCUACACUCAUCCUGGGCAAAACGACACCAUACAUGCUACCGUUUGGCUGCCACUCGAGAACUGGAAUGGCAGGUUCAUGGCUGUCGGCGGCGGCGGAUGGAUUACUGGUCAUCCAGACUUGAGUUCUCAGAUCAAACAGGGCUAUGCUGCGGCCAGCACGGAUGGUGGACAUGGACUGGAACGUUCAGCAGCAUCGUGGGCUCUAACCAGUCCGGGAAAUGUGAAUUGGAAUUUACUGCAAGACUUUGCAUAUCGAGCGCUCGAUGACAUGGCUGCCAUUGGCAAAGCUAUCACCACAUCCUUCUAUGACACUGCGCCAAAGUACUCCUACUGGAAUGGAUGCUCGACUGGAGGCCGGCAAGGUCUUAUGCUUGCACAGCGCUCUCCUCAUUUGUUCGAUGGCAUCCUAGCUGCUGCACCUGCGAUCGACUGGCCGACCUUUGUAGUCUCCGCUUUCUGGGCCCAGCAACGCAUGAAUCAGAUAGCCGCGUAUCCCUCAACCUGCGAACUUAUGGCGUUCAGAGCUGCUGCCAUCGAAGCAUGUGAUGGCCUUGAUGGACUUACCGACGGCAUCAUCGGAGCACCUGGACUGUGUCAAUUCGACCCGCACACCGUUGUGGGCAGAAAGGUCAAGUGUGAUGGCAAUGAGAAACAACUCACGUCUGAAGGUGCUACGAUAGCUCAAACGGCAUGGACUGGGCCUGUCGAUGCCGACGGCAAAGCNUUUUGGUUUGGUGUCAAUCACGAUGCAGUUCUUCGCUCGGUUGAUGAUGCUAUUGUGGUUGGAAAGAACGGCAGAAGGGGCAAGACCAUCCCAGAAGAGUGGAUUAGUCUGUUCGUUAAGAAGGACCCAGCGUACGAUACAAGCAAGAUGUCAGACGCAGAGUACUUUUCCGCACUCAAGGCCUCACAGAGAGAGUACGAUUCAAUCAUAGGCACGAAUUGGCCAGAUCUAUCAGAGUUUCGCGAUGCCGGCGGCAAAAUGAUUACAUGGCAUGGUCUUGCGGACGAUCGCAUACCACCUAACGGAACCUCUCACUAUUACGAUCAAGUCCUGGCAACGACUGCGAAUGUCUCAGACUUCUAUAGGUAUUUUGAAGCUCCUGGUGUCGGUCACUGUGCAGGUGGAGCUGGUCCUGUACCAGAUGCCCACGAAGAUCUGGUUAGGUGGGUCGAGGCAGGGAUAGCUCCUGAUACCCUGAAGGCUGUCAGUCAGCAUGGAGAUGGAACUGUCAGAGAGCUGUGCCAAUAUCCGCUAGUGCAGCGGUUUGUUGGAGGUGACCCAAAGGUCGCUUCUUCCUUUGUGUGUACGACUGGAUUCGCUUAA